AGCAGAGCUGUUGUUAAAAGUUCGCGUCACUAUCUAGCUUCUUUCUCUCCCGGUCGAGAGUACUUGUAGAAUUUCCUCAAGAAUUUCUUGUUAAAAGUCUAUCCAGCUCCCUCUUCUCUGUUUUGCUGUCUUUUCGUCUGUUAAAAGAGAUGAGCUACAACUUUAACGCCGACAUCGAUCGAAAUGGCAAGAAGAAGAGGCCAAAAUGCGCCAAGUGCAGGAACCAUGGGCUUUUUGUCCUGAGAUUAGGCCACAAAGGUUGUUGUGCGUACGAUGACUGUGACUGCGAACUGUGCAAGCAGACCAAAACGAGGAACGAUGCGAUGGCUAAGACCAUGGCUAAUGAACGUCGUAGAAAGAAGGAAUCGGGUCGAACCAGCGUGAGCUCCACAACCUCCCCCGUAUCGGAGUAUCCUUAUCCCACAUCUGAGAGAACCAGGACUUCCUUCAACUUACAGCUCGAUGGAUACAAUCCAACAAGUGGAGGUAAUCUGGGAGCCUACAAUGUGGGCAGAAUGGCGAACACAAUGAGCUAUUCAUCAAGCUCUAAACCUUGUAACCCCUUUCCUUCACCAAUGGAGACCAAGGUGUUCGGAUCCAACAGCUACCACAACUUCUACCACAGAACUGCUCCGCAGGGCUUCCCAACACCCUCCUACAAAACGGAACCGGACCAACGGGCAGCGUUUCUGAACCCUCUGAACGGAUUCGGAGCAGUGACUCAGCCACACCUCACCAUGAUCGGAUCUACCAACAAAUAGCUGAGAGUUGGAGAGACAAUUGUGUAGAUGCAGUGUUAUCUUGUAUGUAGACUAUUUUUGGGGUGUUGUAGAAUCUACAGUCACCACGUAGAUCCAGUUGAAGAUCACUAUAGUGACUCCGAAUGUGUGUAGAAUUUAGAUUUACGAUGAUUCUUUAAGAGUUGUUAAGUCAGCGAUUGGAAAGAAAAGAUGAAGAGAGAUAGACUAAGAACGGAUUUUUGCAUGAGACAGAAAUGAUUUAACUUGAAAACUUGUAAGUAUUUUGAUUUUAGUUAAAUCGCCCUAUUUGUGAAUAUUUUAUGCUUCAGUUGAUGAGAAUUUUGAUUUAUGAUAAUAUAGUUCUAUGAUUUUCAUAGCAAAAGAUGGCUCUAAUUAUUGUACGGCAGUCAUAGAGUAUAAAUUCUGUUUAGCCCACUUCCAGUUCCGGAAAACUGCCCCUUGUUUCUGUGACCCGAAGUUAGUUGAAAGAUAAAGUUGAAUUAUUGGUAACUUUAUUUCAUACCACUGUGCCUGACAAUUUAUUAGCUAACGUAGAUUGGCUAAUCGCUGAACAGAGGCCUAGAGGAAGUUCAUGUAUUUGAUGACAAAUUUCCUUCUUGCUUCAACUUCAAGCAUUAGCAAAAUUUAAUAUGGCACCAAACCUUCACAUCGCGGAUGAUCAUUUUUAUGAUCUGUCCUCCUUGUACAUUCUGAAUAUUGAUUUACUUUGGGUAUUUGAUAAGAUGAUAGCUUUUCAUAUUAUUUCACCAUUGUGGUAAGCAUUUAUUAUUGGCCUGCAAUAUAUUUGGGAGAGUAAAUAACUAGGCCGUUAGUUGAUUAACGAAGAGUGCAUUUUUCUAAUACACAUCACUUUGCGCCGACUGCAAUAAAAGUGUAACACUCAAAACAUAAUUUACCGUGCAUUGCGUCUCAUUUUAUUUGAAAUAUAUAAUAUAUAUUCUUGUAAGAUUUCGAAUAUUUUAUUUUGUUCGAAUAAUUUGAAGAUAACAUUUAGCUUCGAGAGAGAAACUGUAUAAGGCAUUUAAAUCUUCAAUUCUCGUUCGUUGAUAACGGUUAUUAAAAGUACUCCGGUCGAUAACCGUCGGUACACACAUGUAUUAAAUGAUAGUUGGUUUUGUCAACAAUAAUUUUUGGAUUUCUUUACCAUUUCAAA